AUGUCUCAAUCUUCUCAUGUCCUGGAUACAUCAAAAUCCGAAAAGCUUCCUGCAUCUUCGAGUGAUACCACCUUCAAACCAUCCAUCCAGUACCUUGUGCAGGGCGUCGUCAAAAACCACUCCUUCACUCACUUCUUAUUUCACAAAAUCUGGCUAUGUGACUGCGUAGAUCUGGACGAGAUAGCCAAGCUCAAACUCAUCACCUUCCUCUUGAGUCACUAUGAGAAGGACUACGGAGACUUUGACAUGUUUGGGCCCAUGGAGUACGCAUUCGUGGCCAUGAAGAUUCUGCCAUCUGGCGGAGAAGCUUCUUCUUGUGUAGUCAUGCAACACAUUCACACCAGGCGACUCCGGAAACUCUACGUCUUCAAGACUAUCACGAGAGACAAGUCUUUGAUUUCUCACCCUGAGCAUGGCAUUAUCUCCGAUGAAGCGUAUAUUCUGCUCGGCAAGCUCAAAACGAAUCUAUAUCCUCAUCCUAAUAUUAUACAGCUGUUCAAUUGCGUUACAUCGAAUGCAGUAGCAGGGAUUCAGAUCCAUAUCCUCCAGAUGGAGUAUUGCGAUGGCGGCGAUCUCUGGGAACUCAACAAUCGAUGCAUCAAACAUGGUAGCAGAAUGCCGAGAUCGUUUGUCGCGCAUAUCUUCAACUCACUAUCCGCCGCUCUUGCAUACCUCCAUCACGGUCUCAUCCUCAGCUCUGCUGGAUCACUCAAGCAUACACAUCUUCCCGACGCGACAAAUCGCUGGCGAACAAUUCUUCACAAUGAUAUCAAACCAGAAAAUAUCUUUCUUCGCUGGCCGAUGAACACACCAUCUUCUGCAUCCUUAUAUCCAGAUAUCGUGUUAGCUGAUUUUGGCGCUGCAGGAGUAGAGUCUCAUAUCAAAGGCCCUAGAGGCACUUAUAGAUACUCCGCCCCGGAAGUCAGAGAAGCCUUUGACGCUUCUUCCUCACUACUGCAUCGCUUCCGAAUUGCAGCUGCGAAUCAAAUGAGCAAAAACGUCGUCUUGACGACCAAAUCCGAUAUCUGGGGUGUCGGCGCCGUGAUGAGAUCUCUGUUGUUUGAGUAUCAGAGGGAAAGAGGUGGUAAGGAGUGGGAAGCCAAAGAAAGGGCGCUACAAUGGAGAGAGUUGGAAAUGGUGUAUGGAGAAACAAUGGUCAUGUGGGUGAGGAGAUGUCUGGGAUAUACGGCAUCGGCAAGACCGAGUGCGAGGACGCUCUUGGGGUUGGCGGUGGAAGAGGUCAGGGAAGAGGCAGUAAUUGACGAAAGGGUACAGAGGGUGCCCGAGUGGAUCUGGAGUAGGGAACAGAAGAUUUGA